AUGGCCCAAGCUACUAAACACGAAACAGCGAGAAAAGCGAUGGAUCAGCUGAAUAGCCAGCUAAAUGAUGACACUGUAUACAAAAUGGUGAAAGUGCUUGCAGCUCAAAAACAAGUAGUUGCUGGCUUGCUCUACUAUCUCACAGUGCUGGCUGCACCCACAAACUGCAAGAAAAGUUCUGGAAUUAUGGAUUCUGCCAAAUGCGCUGUUGACAAAAGCCAGCCGGAAAAGCAAUUCAAAAUCAAAGUAUGGGAAAAAGCGUGGGAGAAUUUCUUUAAAGUGACGCUGGAGUGA